UUACCUUUCUUCUUUCUUCCGCGUAAAUUUCGGUGCAGUGGCAAGUGGUAUGGCUGAGUUGCUUUUAGAUCCAAACAUUCGGGGUUGGGUGUUUUUACCUAUUGUUGUGAUUACAUUUCUUGUUGGAAUCAUUCGACAUUAUGUUUCGAUACUACUUGCCUCACAAAAAAAGGUUGAGCUUCAUCAAGUACAAGACAGCCAAGUAAUGAUACGCUCUAGACUGCUUAGAGAAAAUGGUCAAUAUAUUCCAAAAAUGGCAUUUAUUAGUAGAAGAAAUUUCUUUAAUAAUGAAGAAACAGGGUAUUUUAAAACGCAAAAACGUGCACCUGUCUCACAGAAUCCAAUGACUGAUCCUAAUAUGAUGACAGACAUGUUAAAAGGAAAUGUAACUAAUGUUAUACCAAUGGUACUAAUAGGUGGUUGGAUUAACUGGAUGUUUUCUGGCUUUGUUACAACUAAAGUACCAUUUCCUUUGACAUUACGUUUUAAACCAAUGUUGCAACGUGGUAUAGAAUUAAUUACUCUUGAUGCUGCAUGGGUUUCCUCUGCAUCUUGGUAUUUCCUUAAUGUGUUUGGAUUACGUUCUAUUUAUACACUUGUUCUUGGAGAAAGUAAUGCUGCAGAUACUUCCAGACUUUUACAGGACCAAGUGUCUGGUGCUGCAAUGUCUAUGCCACCAGACCCAAAGGCUGCUUUUAAGUCAGAAUGGGAAGCAUUGGAAAUAUACGAACACAGUUGGGCAUUGCAAGGAGUUGAAGCAGAUCUUAUAGGAUCUCAAAGGACAGAUACAAGUGAAAGUAUGUACACAUUAGUGGUAGCAAGUAAUAGAAAGACUGCAUCUAUAUCUACAGAUAUAGCAUGUGCCAUUCUGGAAAGAUAA